UGGUGGGCCUGGAGGGAAUGGGGUGGGGGUGUUCAGAGCCUUCUGGAAGAAGGCCGAUCGCGGCUGACUCGCUUGUGCGGAGGCAGAGGGGGUGUCUGGGUGCUGAUCGCCGUCGGGGUGCCAGGGUGGGGGGCACCGGAUGGUGGCCUCGUGUCUGGGAGGGGAGGAGUGUAUGCGGUGGCCUUGCUGGGAGUCGCCCACCUGGGAGUGCGGACCUGGGCGGUGGGGGAGGGGAAAGAUGUAUCCGGGCUGGGGGUGGUUUCCGUGUUUCUCUGCGGGUAGCUGAGAGUGGCUUCGCCCAGGGGGCCUCCCUGCAUCUCUCCCCGACCCCCCGCAGACAUGCUGCUGCUCAAGAAACAGACAGAAGACAUCAGCAGCGUCUAUGAGAUCCGGGAGAAGCUCGGCUCGGGCGCCUUCUCUGAGGUGAUGCUGGCCCAGGAGCGGGGCUCCUCACACCUUGUUGCCCUCAAGUGCAUCCCCAAGAAGGCCCUUCGAGGCAAGGAGGCCCUGGUGGAGAACGAGAUCGCAGUGCUCCGCAGGGUCAGCCACCCCAACAUCGUGGCUCUGGAGGACGUCCACGAGAGCCCUUCCCACCUCUACCUGGCCAUGGAGCUGGUGACAGGGGGCGAGCUGUUUGACCGCAUCAUGGAGCGUGGCUCCUACACGGAGAAAGAUGCCAGCCACUUGGUGGGCCAGGUCCUCGGGGCCGUCUCCUACCUGCACAGCCUGGGCAUCGUGCAUCGAGACCUCAAGCCUGAAAACCUCCUCUACGCCACGCCCUUUGAGGACUCCAAAAUCAUGGUCUCCGACUUCGGCCUCUCCAAAAUCCAGGCUGGCAACAUGCUGGGCACUGCCUGUGGGACCCCGGGAUAUGUGGCCCCGGAGCUCUUGGAGCAGAAACCCUACGGGAAGGCUGUGGAUGUGUGGGCCCUGGGUGUCAUUUCCUACAUCCUCCAGAUCCUGAGGGCCAGCUACGAGUUUGACUCUCCCUUUUGGGAUGACAUCUCAGAAUCAGCCAAAGACUUCAUUCGGCACCUUCUGGAGCGGGAUCCCCAGAAGAGGUUCACCUGCCAGCAGGCUUUACAGCAUCUUUGGAUCUCGGGGGAUGCAGCCUUUGACAAGGACAUCCUGGGCUCAGUCAGUGAGCAGAUCCAGAAGAAUUUUGCCCGGACCCACUGGAAGCGAGCGUUCAACGCCACCUCCUUCCUGCGCCACAUCCGCAAGCUGGGCCAGAGCCCUGAGGGCGAGGAGGCGUCGGAGCGGAGGGUGGCCCGCCACAGCCACCCUGGCUUCCAGUCUGGCCAGCCCCCCAAGUGGUGAUGCCCAGGCAGACGCUGUGGCCAAGUGCGUUGACUUCUGGAUCCCCUUCCCAUGGGUGGCCCCUUCCAGACCGCUUUCCUCACCCCCAGGACCCCGGGCUGGCCUCUGCUGGAAAGUUCGAGAUGUGUGGGUGUGGUGCACAGCACUGGGGCAGGAGUGGAACUCCCCUCUGCCCUCUGUGCCUAGGGGCUGAUGGGUUGCGUGCACGGGGACACACGGGGAUGCCCUCCACUGUCACCACCACACCCCCUCUCGGAGCCAAGGUGGCUUCCAGGGGCAGUUCCUCCCGCACGCUGCUCUGUGCUUUGCUGACUGUGGUGGUCCCGCUUUGUGUCGUGGCCCUCCAGCCCCCUCCAGUUUUCCCCGAAUCAAUAAAGACAGACAGA